UUGUCCAUUCAUAUGCAAAGCAAAUAGCCUUAUUAGAUGAGAUGGCUACAAAAAUGGUGUUUGAAAGUUAUGGAGUGGAGAAACAUUGGAAGCCAGUUAAGGCUGUUUGCAGUCAUGUUCUUCGAUUUUUGAAAUAUGAUGAACCUAAUCAAGACUCUGAUACCACUGUAAGGUUUGUUCCCCAUACAGAUAAGAACUUCACAACAAUACUUCACCAAACCCAGGUUGGUGGUCUCCAAGUUCAAGCCGAGGAUGGCACCUGGAUUAGCAUUCACCCAAAACCUUCUCAUUUUCUCCUCAUGGCUGGCGACAUGAUGAAGGUUUGGAGCAAUGACAGAAUAAGAGCCUGCUACCACCAAGUUAGCCUUUCUGGACAUGAGGAGAGAUACUCAAUGGGAAUAUUCACAUUCACAGAUGGAGAAAUAAAAGUGCCAGAAGAAUUUGUGGAUGAUGAACAUCCAAUACUCUAUAAACCAUUUGAUAAUCGUAAAUAUAUUCGAUUUUAUGUCACAGAUGAGGCCAAGAAGACCAAAGAUCCAAUCAAAGCCUUCUGUGGUGUUUGAAUAUCAUAAUAUUGAAAUUCUGUAUUUUGAGAAGCGUAGUUGAUUUUAGCUAUGUUCACCAAUGGUUGUUGACAUGAUCAUUUGUUGUGUGUGUAUUUAAAAAUUAAAUUAUCAUUUUGGGACAAUUAUUGGUAUAUAUAUUGUUAAUACACAAUGCCUUCCCAUUAUUAAGACUUUAGAUUGUAUAAUUAAUUUUUACAAGUAGUGUAUCCGGGCGCUCAAGAUUGUUUUACACUUUUAAAUUAAAAUUAAACCUUAUUGAAAUAGAUAAAAUA